UUUUACGACGCAUUUUAGAUCUAAACUUCCUUUUUCCUUUUUACUUGUUUUCUUGGAAGCACCAUAUAAAAUCUACACUUGCCCUGCACCGAGAUUCACAGCUCCAUAUUAUCAACGAUCGCCAUUCAUACUCUCACUAUUACAAUUACCCAAAUCACUCAAUAUUAUAUUAUAUUUAUAGGCCAUUAGUGUAAUUUAAGCGUUCCAUCUUUUUAAAAACACAUCCUGGGUUUAGUUAAUACGGAGUAUUUUUUUUCUUCUGUUCAGAAUAAAAUAGUUUAGGCAGCUUCUUGGUGGGUGGGUGGCUAGUUCGUAUCACGUUGAUUUCAGACUUCAUUCUCAUUGAUUGGGCCGUUUAUACUUUAUAAGCCCCUUUUGGUUUUGGGUGCUAUAAACUUGAAAAGGUAAAGACCGAUUCAAACAGAAAGGGAGCUGAAAAUAAAAAGGUGCAAGGAUUUUUCUAGAAAUUAGGGAGAAAAGAUGGAGAGAUUGUUGAGUGAUAAAUGGGAAGUGAAAUCGAAACAUUCGUCCAAGGAGGCCCUACAACGGUGGAGGGAUCUUUGUGGAUUUGUCAAGAAUUCAAAUCGACGCUUCAGAUUUACUGCCAAUUUGUCCAAGCGCUAUGAGGCUGAUGCCAUGCGCAAAACCAAUCAGGAGAAAUUACGCAUUGCAGUCCUGGUCUCCAAAGCUGCGUUCCAUUUCAUAGAAGGCGCCCAACUGAGCGACUAUGCCGUCCCAAAAGAAGUGGAGGCCGCUGGCUUCCAAAUCUGCCCAGAUGAGCUCAGCUCCAUUGUAGAAGGCCACGACCUUAAGAAACUCGUUGCCCACGGCGGGCCUGCCGGUGUGACCCGCAAGCUCGGCACGAGCUCCUCCUCUGGCCUCCCGUCGGAUUCGGAAUCUCUUAACCGCCGCCAGGCCAUCUAUGGGCCCAACCGGUUUCAAGAGCCCGAGGCCCGCAGCUUCUGGUUCUUCUUCUACGAGGCCCUUCAGGACACGACCCUGAUGAUCCUAGCAGUGUGCGCGCUCGUGUCACUCGCGGUCGGCCUGGCCACCGAAGGCUGGCCCAGCGGGGCCCACGACGGCCUCGGAAUAGCCGCCAGCAUCCUCCUGGUGGUGUUUGUGACGGCCACUAGUGACUACCGGCAGUCGCUGCAGUUCAGGGACCUCGACCGGGAGAAGAAGAAGGUCUCGGUCCAGGUGACGAGGGAUGGGUACCGGCAGAAGCUUUCCAUCUACGACCUCCUCCCGGGGGACAUCGUCCACCUCAGCAUCGGGGACCAGGUGCCUGCAGAUGGGCUUUUCCUAUCGGGCUUCUCGGUGCUGAUCGACGAGUCGAGCCUCACGGGGGAGAGCGAGCCGGUGGCCGUGAACGACGACAGCCCGUUUCUGCUGUCGGGCACAAAGGUCCAGAACGGGGCAUGCAAGAUGGUUGUAACGACUGUGGGGAUGCGCACGCAGUGGGGGAAGCUGAUGGCGACGCUGAGCGAGGGAGGGGAUGACGAGACCCCGCUGCAGGUCAAGCUCAACGGGGUGGCCACUGUCAUCGGGAAAAUCGGGCUCUUUUUCGCUGUCGUGACAUUUUCUGUGCUGGUCCGCAAGAUAGUAGGGCGCAAGUGGGAGGAUGGGACGGGUCUCAUCUGGUCGGGGGAUGACUGCUUGGAGCUGCUGGAGUAUUUUGCCAUAGCAGUCACGAUUGUUGUGGUGGCCGUCCCGGAGGGACUCCCGCUUGCCGUCACGCUCAGCCUGGCCUUCGCGAUGAAGAAGAUGAUGAACGACCGCGCGCUCGUGCGCCACCUGGCGGCAUGCGAGACCAUGGGCUCUGCCACCAGUAUCUGCAGCGAUAAGACGGGAACUUUGACCACCAACCACAUGACCGUUGUGAAGUCUUGCGUCUGCAUGGACGUGAGUGGGCCUAGUGAGAUUCCCGAGCCAGUGGUGAAGAUUCUGCUGCAGUCCAUUUUUAAUAACACAGGCGGGGAGGUUGUGGUGGGUAAGGAUGGUAAGGUCGAGAUUUUGGGGACACCAACCGAGACGGCCAUAUUGGAGUUCGGGUUGUCGCUCGGGGGAGAAUUUAACACCGAGAGAGAAAAGUGUGAGCUCGUGAAGGUCGAGCCCUUUAAUUCCACAAAAAAGCGGAUGGGCGUUCUGUUAGGGCUACCGGGAAGGGUUUUCAGAGCCCACACAAAGGGCGCGUCCGAGAUUAUUCUGGCCGCGUGCGACAAAAUGGUGGGGCCAGAUGGCGAGGCCGUGCUGCUCGACGAGAGUUCUUUUGCUCGUUUGACGGCUGUUAUCGAGGAGUUUGCGAACGAGGCUCUGAGGACUCUUUGCCUUGCGUAUAUGGACCUCGAGAGUUGUGAGCAAGGAGAUAGUAUUCCAGAGACAGGAUAUACUUUGAUAGGGAUUGUGGGGAUUAAGGAUCCUGUGAGGCCAGGGGUUAGAGAGUCGGUCGCGCUUUGCCGUUCGGCCGGCGUGAACGUGCGUAUGGUGACAGGGGAUAAUAUUAACACUGCAAAAGCCAUCGCGAGGGAGUGCGGGAUACUUACUGAUGACGGUGUGGCUAUUGAGGGUCCUGUCUUCCGGGAGAAGAGCUUGGAGGAGUUGCAUGAGUUGAUUCCCAAGAUCCAGGUGAUGGCUCGUUCUUCACCAUUGGACAAGCAUACAUUGGUGAAACAUUUGAGAACAACAUUUAAUGAGGUUGUUGCUGUAACUGGAGAUGGCACAAAUGAUGCCCCUGCCCUUCACGAAGCGGAUAUCGGGCUUGCUAUGGGCAUCGCGGGGACUGAGGUGGCUAAGGAGAGUGCUGAUGUUAUAAUUCUCGACGACAAUUUCUCGACUAUUGUGACUGUAGCCAAGUGGGGACGUUCGGUGUAUGUAAACAUCCAAAAAUUUGUCCAGUUCCAACUGACGGUUAACAUUGUUGCGCUGGUCGUAAACUUCACUUCGGCUUGUUUAACCGAAGAACCCAACAUCUCCGAAAAUUGCAAACACCUCUUACAUUCGUUUCUUCUGAAAGCACGAAGUGCACCUCUGACUGCUGUUCAGCUCCUUUGGGUGAACAUGAUUAUGGAUACACUUGGCGCACUUGCACUUGCCACUGAGCCUCCAAACGAUGAAUUAAUGAAGAAAUCUCCUGUGGGGAGAAAGGGAAACUUUAUAACUGCGGUCAUGUGGAGGAACAUCUUGGGACAGUCCUUGUAUCAGUUUCUCGUCAUAUGGCUUCUUCAAGCAUACGGGAAUACAUUUUUUGGGCUACAUGGCAGCUCAGACUCCGAUUUGGUCCUAAACACCAUUAUCUUCAAUACGUUCGUGUUUUGCCAGCUCUUUAAUGAGGUGAACUCGCGGGAAAUGGAGAAAGUAAACGUGCUCACCGGCAUGCUGGACAACUAUGUGUUUGUCUCGGUUCUUGGCUCGACUGUACUUUUCCAGAUAAUAAUCGUCGAGUACCUUGGGACAUUUGCCAACACAACUCCUUUGACCUUGAUCCAAUGGUUUAUCUGCACUUUCAUCGGGUUUUUAGGCAUGCCGAUUGCUGUGGGAUUGAAGAAGUUUUUCCCUCUGGCAAGUUAGUUAGUGAAUAGAGGGUGCUAUCAUCUAUAUUUUGAUUAUUUUCUAUCAACAGCUGACAAGAUUUUCACCUGCUGUACAUUUUUGUGAACAGUGGGGGAAAACAAAAAAUUAACCACCAUUUUGAAGUUUUAUGAUUGCAAUGCAAACAAGUUGACCUUAUUUUGUGUUGGUCAAUAUUUUUGGAAGGUUUUUUGUGUUCUGAUGCGAAUAUGGUAUAAGAAGUGUUUCUAUAUUACCGUAACUAAAACCUGUUUUAUUUGAUGGGGUUUCAAGGCCUUAAAUAAUGUCUAGGUUACGCUAUAAUUGCUAGUUCAAACUAUUGGGCAAAAUCUGAGGGGUCGGAUUUUUUAGUUGGUGUGUUUAACUAAUCGAAAGUUUGCGAACAAAAAAUUG